GUGCCCCUAGAAAUCAUCUUUUAAAUGUCCGUUAGAUAAAAAUAGCUUCCUGAAAGUGACAGUGUUUACUGCUUGGAGGUGGAUUGUUUUUACCUCUUAGUUUACAUAAUGCACAUAAAAUACGUUUAUAAUCCAUACAGAGUAAACUGCCACUUACGCAAAAAAUAAAGCUUUCCAUUUUGGGUGAGGUGAAUGCAAGCAUUUCUGCUCGAAGCUUUCUACACGUGCCCAGUGGAGGUGCGGCAGGCCCAGGUGGGAGGAAGUGCACGAGGUUGCUGCGUUACUGAUUGCUGCAGCCGACUCACAUAGCGAUAUGUCAGUACAGUUGGGGGCCGGGGGUGGACGAGCCCUGGACGUAGCUGCCAUGAGUGCUGUUGAAAGCAGAGCUUCCUUGUUGGAAGAAAACAGCUACUUCUGAGAAGUCUAGUAAAUUGCUGUUCCAGGAAUUUUUUUAAACGUAUUUGUGUGUGCAUAAGAACGAAUACGUAGAAACAAGGUCAGUCUUUUCUGUGAUACAUACAUUUAAUGCAGGCUCUUCUUCCUUUUAGACCUGAAACAGUGUUAAAAAACCAAGAAGUAGAAUUUGGCAGAAAUCGAGAGAGGCUUCAAUUUUUUAAGUGGAGUUCAAGAGUUUUUAAGAACGUGGCCGUAAUCCCUCCUGGAACUGGAAUGGCUCAUCAAGUAAACUUAGAGUAUUUGUCGAGAGUGGUUUUUGAAGAAGACGACCUCCUCUUCCCAGACAGUGUGGUUGGCACCGAUUCUCACAUAACCAUGGUGAAUGGCUUGGGCAUUCUGGGGUGGGGGGUUGGAGGCAUUGAAACCGAAGCAGUCAUGCUGGGCCUGCCGGUCUCUCUUACUCUGCCGGAGGUGGUUGGGUGUGAGUUGACGGGCUCAUCCAACCCUUUUGUCACAUCCAUAGAUGUCGUGCUUGGCAUUACAAAGCACCUCCGGCAAGUAGGAGUGGCUGGAAAGUUUGUUGAGUUUUUUGGAAGUGGAGUUUCACAGUUAUCUAUAGUGGAUCGGACCACAAUAGCAAACAUGUGUCCAGAAUAUGGUGCUGUCCUCAGCUUUUUCCCUGUUGACAAUGUGACGUUAAAACAUUUAGAACAUACAGGUUUUGACAAAGCCAAACUCGAGUCAAUGGAAACAUACCUUAAAGCUGUGAAAUUGUUUCGACAUGACCAGGAUAAUUCAGAAGAACCCGCGUACUCCCAGGUGAUCCGGAUUCAGCUGAAUUCAAUAGUUGCAUCUGUCAGCGGUCCAAAGAGACCUCAGGAUAGAGUUGCUGUGACGGACAUGAAACGUGAUUUCCAAGCUUGCUUGAAUGAAAAGGCAGGUUCCUGCACCACCACCUUUGUCAGUACUUGUGCUGAGUGAUAGAGGACCAAGUACUUCUUAUGCUGAGUGAUAGGACCAAGUACUUCUUGUGCUGGGUGGUAGAGGACCAAGUACUUCUUAUGCUGAGUGAUAGGACCAAGUACUUCUCAUGCUGGGUGAUAGAGGACCAAGUACUUCUCAUGCUAGGUGGCGGAGGGGCAAGUACUUCCGAUGCUGGGUGUCAGAGGACCAAGUACUUCUCGUGCUGGGUGAUAGAGG